AUGGAAGAAUUGAAUGGAAAAAUAGAGGGAAACAAUGUUGGAAUUUUGAAGGAAGAGGAUGUGGAAAUCGGAGGUGAAUCGGAGACAUCUCGAACCCGAAAUGGUCCUGUGAAAGAUAAGAAAGUGAAACAAACAAGUGGUAAAGGAGGGCCUAUAGGUUUGGUGAGAAAGAACAAAGUUGGGAAAGAUGAAGAGGUGGUAGCAGCAGCGGCUGUUUCAAAUGGUACUUCUUCCAGUUUAGACUUGAAUCCUAGACAGGCGGUUAAGAGCAGAGCGUUGAACUUGAACGACAAACAGACUCGAUUGAACAAGCAAGCUGGAAAGUCUGAUGCAGCGUCUUCUGAAGCACCAACGGACAAGAUUAGACCACAGUUAAUAAAGAAAGAACCCCUUGAUAAUCUUCAAGGAAAUGCUGACUUAUCUUUUCCUACAGCAGAAGAUGGCAAGCCUCGCAGAACGGGGACAAUGCCAACUUAUGGAUUUAGUUUCAAAUGUAAUGAGCGAGCUGAGAGAAGAAAAGAAUUUUACUCUAAGCUUGAGGAAAGGAUUCAUGCGAAGGAAGUGGAGGAGAGCAACAUGCAAGCAAAAACCAAGGAGAGUCAAGAAGCUGAAAUUAGGAGGCUUAGGAAAAAACUAGCAUUUAAAGCAACUCCAAUGCCAAGCUUCUACCAGGAACCUCCUCCUUCUCGGGUGGAGUUGAAGAAGAUACCAACUACAAGAGCAAAAUCUCCCAAGCUUGGUCGUAAAAAGACUUCAACAUCUUCAGAUCUAGAAGGAAACACCAUAAGCAAUGCUCAACAAUGUCGUUUAAGUCUGGACGAGAAAUUAUCUCAGAAUAACCCCACCAAAGGAAUUAGUCCUGUUCACCCAAAGAAGCCACAGCGAAAAUCUCUCCCUCCUCGACUGACUCCUGAAAGGAUCAGUUCAUCCAAUACAACCUCUGCACGGACUCCGUCUAAGGCGGUGAACGACGAGAAAGCCUCCUUAUCUAGUGUAACAACUGAGGUUACCACCUUGUCUAUUGCAACAAAGGAAGAUGAAGUUGUAGCAGCUGCAGCUAUUGAGGAGAACAAUGUCUUGUCCGACGAGACAAGUGAAACUCCGUCUCUGAACAUAGAUCCAGGUGAAGUAGAAUCCCAUGUAGUCAUUGAAGACAAACCACAUCUCACCUUGGUACAAGAACCUAUAGCAGCAGAGUAUUAA